AUGGGCAAAAGAGGAGGAGAGAGAAGCUCGACCGCUCCGAGAGGGUGGAGCGGCGGCGAGGGCGACUUUGCAGAGUGUCUCUCGAGUCAUGUCUGUGACCUCUUCGGUGCAAGCAGCAAGGAGGAAGCCUCGGCGCGGGAGGCCGAACUAAAGGCGUCCCAACCACGGGCAGGCGUUUGCCCGGUGCAAUGGGGCGAGCAGGACGUCGCAUUUCGGUGCCUGGACUGUGAGCUGGACAGCAAUUGCAUUCAGUGCUGCGAUUGUUUCUUUAAGGCUCAGCAUGAAGGACACGAGGUGGCAGUGAUUCGGACCGUAGGCGGAAGCUGCGACUGUGGCGAUCCCUCGUCGUGGUCACCGGCAGGCUUCUGCCCAGAGCACUGCGAGACUCCGGAAAGGCUCGACAAUGCGGAGUCGCUGGACCUUUUGCCUCCUGCGCUGCGCGCACGUGCCGAGGUCUUGAUUCCAGAGCUGAUGUCGCAGGCUGACCAAAGACUGAAGCCGCGGCAUGGGUUUCUGCGUAGCGAGGCCGUGGCAGACCGGCGUGCCCGUGAGGAGCAGGCUUUUGCGCUGUUCGCGCUUCUCCGACGACUGGGUGAGGUUGCUUUUGGUCUCCGCUACUUGGUGGUUCAAGAGCUUCAAGGCGAACGUUUGGUGAACUGGAUGAAGGCGGCCGUGGACGAUUCUUCAUAUACCGAGGAGUUAGAGCGCUUCUUCCUGCUCUACGUGCAGGUGUCUCCAUCCUUCAAGCGGAGCUUUGCAAAGACCUUCAUCCGCCAAUACGAGCACAUUCUGCAGGACACUCCUCGCCUGGACUCUCUUGGAGUUCAGUUUUUCACCAUCCCCGAGGUGGCACUGGAGCUUGUCGCAAAGGAGGAUGCUUUCGGCGCCCUUCUAUCAGCAGCAAACAGGUAUCUAAGCCUCGUCGUGGACCACGAGGAUCAGCAUAUCGUCUUCAAAGAUCCGGAUCCUUUGCAAGCAACUUGGGAACAGCUGCGAAGUGUGUUUCGCACGGUGGGGUAUGUCCUCUUCCACAAGUCCGUCUGUGAGCAUGUCCUCAAGACACCAUCCGUGUUGGAAGCCAUAGCAGAGGUACUACAACGCCUCUGGCGUAUGUCUCUGCAGCACAGGGCCACGGGGGAACAUGUUCUCUAUGAGUCGCGCCACCUCCAGAUGCAGGUCUUCCUCCUGGAGUCCGAAAUCCUGCGCCAGUUCUCUGCCCUCUGCGAUUUCUGCAGACGGCCGCAAGCCACUUUGGAGGAGCUUCAGCCCCUCUAUGCCUGGCUGGUGGCAUCCUUGCAAGACUCCAGGGGCUUCAGCACUUCCUUCAACGAUGUCACGGCGGCGUCCUUCCACAUGCCAGCGCUGAGGCUACUCACGCUCAGCUUGAACUUCGAGCUGCUUCUGGAUCCGAGCCUGGCGGACAGCUGGCGAAGGAUCUUCCCUCGGGAGUUUCUUGUGGCGGGCAUGACCCACACCGUGAGGACACUGCGCUUCGAGGCAGAGAUCCGUGCAGGCUUGUGGGUCCGGAAUGGCGAGUCCAUGCGUGCGCAGCAUGUUGAUUAUCGGACCAAGACCCGACAGACCGACAUCAUGACGCUUCAGGCCUUCAUGAUUCUCUUGCGCAUGCACGGAAGCGAGGAUGCAGCCUGCGAGCCCCUGGCCUUCCUCUGGAGGGCUGUCUUCGAUGAUGCCACUGUGGCAGAGGCCCCGCUACCCACACAGGCAUCAUCUGUGCGGAUCGCAUGGCAGAGGCUAUGGGUUCAGAGCCACGUCAGCGAGCAGACUAGGACGCGCUUUCGCUUGUUCUGGCUGCUCCUCUGCCAAGUGCUGAACGAGAUGUUUCCCAUCGAGGUGGCGAUGUGCCGACGCGCCUGGGAGCCGAGGUACUCUUAUCGAUGCCCAGUGAUCUUGCAGAGGUUCCUGAUUCAGGUCUUGGCUUCCGGGCCAAUGUCGCUGUCGGAGCUCGCCAACCUGCUCCCCAAGGAGCUCCAGGUGCGAGAGUCGCAGCUGGCCCAGGCGGCGGAGGCGGUGGCUUCGACACGGGUUGGCAUGGCGGAGGGCGAUGCGGCUCUCACAAACACGGGCAAGCGAACCUACGUGCUAAAGCAGAGAAGCUGGCAGCAUUUCGACAUCUGCACGGCAGAGGCUAUGCCCAUCCGAAAUUUGCGAGAUGGGACAUGGCGUGAGCGACAGCACCGGGCAGAAGAGAAGGCUUUGGCACAGCAGGUCUCGAUGCUUGGACCCAGACGCGCUGAUGGCUUGACUCUGGCUCCAGCCUGCCAGGACCACUUGGUGGAGAGCUUGAGCAACUCGGAGCUCAUUCCUCUUCUGGUAGACUUCAUCGAGAUCCAAAGUAAGUUCCGCCAAGGCAAGGAAGCACAGCCGAUGCAACAUCCGGCUCAACAAGAGGAUGGAGCUUUGCUGCACUGUCUGAAGGCACUGUCGUGA